AUGACUGAUAUCAAUGAACCGCGUCGCACCUGCCCACAAAAUGCAAAUAAACACCCAGGCUUACCCGACCUGGAAGGACAAAGUCAGCGAUGUUCUCAAGCCAAGAAGAAGAACACCAAACUCCCCCAGGAAACCCGUGAAGCUCAAGAACUGGCCGCGGUUGAGGGUUUGCAGCGGCUGUCUGCCAUGCAGGAAGAGAUGAAGAAGGCGGAGGUGCAAAGCAUGAUGAAGAAGCCGAAGGCAGUAAGGCCCCGCGCUCGCCCUGUCAAGAAAAAGUCAGAGCCUGCUGCUCAAGCAGAUAAGGCACUCCUGGGAGUAGGAACUGAUACCAUGGCCAGUGAGCGCAUGUCGCAAAUGCUGCGUGAUGCUGACCCAGGCGAGGAUGUUGAGGCUCGGUCUCGAGAAAAUCAGAAGGACAAUGGAAUCAAGACAAAGAAGAAGACUGAGAAGGACACGGCUCUUGCAGCUCAGUCAGGGGCACGUGUUGAAGACAAGAAAGGAAAGUUGAUCGCUCCCAAGCCGCCUCAUACGGCAGUCAUGGGACUGUCUUUAGUGCACGGGCCACCAACUACCGUCUACUUAUCUGGCUCCCACCCUACGUCCACAACAAUUGUGACCACCAGCUCCGGCCAGCAUAAAAUCCCACCUCAGGUUGUCGCUAAUUCUUCUCAAGCUCUCGUUGGUGGCUUUGGCAAUGAGCUUUUUGAUUCAGAGGAUCGCUUGGACAUCCUUCCAAAGCCAUCCGCGCUUAAGAUUAUAGAUGUGCCUACUGAGCUGACCGCGGACGGGUCACUUCCAAUGGAGGGCUUGAAGGAUGACACGAAGGAUUUGGAUGAUGCGUCAACCGAUGCGGACAAUGAUGCACCAACUGAUGUGGACAACGAUGCAACAAUGGAUGUCGAGGAGGAUAUGGCCGAUAAGUCUCAGGAUAGCGGUGACAGCCUGAGCAGUUUCAUAUUCCGUCGCUCAAAGAACAAGACGCACAACGCUGUGGACACCAAACGCCGUGUCCCAGUCUUCAAGGAUUCCUCAGACGAGGAUAACAAUAUUGAGGUUCUCAACAUGGAUCAUAGUAUGAUGAAGCCUACAGGCUUCGUCGAAACAACCAAGACAGCGAAGAAGGCUGUACGUUUGACGUCUUCCACUUCUGUUGGCGUCUCCAAGUCAUCCACUACAAUGCAGCCACCUGCAAAGAAGGUCAAAACCGAAGAUGGGGCCGAUGAUAUUAUACCAAAAUCAACACUUACAGCGCCGCCUGGCUACUGGAUCGAGAAGCGGUACAAGUCCUGUUCAGCUUAUUGA